AUGGUAGCUCGCAGCAAAGGUUGCGCACUUUGCGUACAUCGUCGGGUCAAGUGCGACCAACGACAACCUGGCUGCGCGAAAUGCGAAACCUACGGCGAGCCUUGCCCUGGAUAUGCCCCGCGCUUCAAAUUCGUCGCCGGGAAGCCAUACCGCUCUCAACGCCGUCCGAAGCCAGGCUCGUCCCAGGAUGGCUCGGCCCCAGAAUCAGUUGCUGUCGUCCGAUCCCAGUCUCCGCGGCAACAACAGCCAAACCAGCGGGGCAGUUGCCUAUCACUCGCGUCAGCUGAUGUGCAUAUGAGCCAGUGCCUCGAAAUCUUGACUCAGGAACUUUCUAAGCCGUUUUCUGCAAGCUCGGCGCAUGUCACCUCGUGCUGGUUUAGGGUUCUGCCCACCGUCUACGGACGCAAUCGAACCUUGGACUUGACGAUCAAAUCCUUCGCAGCCCACCACCUGGGCAAUAUGACGAGCGAUCCGCAAGCGGUGCAUUAUGCAAGACAGUUGUAUGUUGAGUCUUUGUAUCGAUUGCGGGCCUCGUUAAAUAGCUCCCGGGAAUGUUAUUCGUCCGAAGUGUUUUGUGCUGUGUUGCUUCUGUGCCUGUACGAGCUGUUCACGAACGUACAUGACGCAGAUGCUUGGAUGAAACAUGCCAAGGGAUUGAGUCAGUUAGUGGAGCUCAGAGGAGCCACCCGCUAUCAUACAGCGCUCGACCAUGUGUUACUCAAGGCCUCUCGGGGCUUGGUUGUCAUGUACUCCCUCUUCUCAGGACAGAGCUGUUUCCUAUCAUCGGAAGAAUGGCACGCCGUGAUGAAGCAGCACCCGAAUAUCGGCUUGGGCGCCGAAUUUGCGGACUUGAUCGAACAGUUCUUCGCCUACUUCACCUUCGCACCUGGUCUUGUGCAUGAGCUUUAUAGCCUAAGAGACGCUGAUCAUGGCGAGCCAAAAAUUGUCGCCAAAGCGGGUGAAUUGCUUGUUCGUACCUUGACCAUGAAGAGUAAACUGUGUGCAUGGUUUGUUGGGUUCUCAAAAGUCGUGCCUGUUCCCCAUGAAACUCGAUCUUUCCCGGCGGACCUCUGCUAUCCAGUUGUACUUGAGUACGCGGAUGAGAACUCUGCAUCGAUUUACUGCGCGUAUUACUCUUACAUGGUCAUUAUACACGAAAUCCUGAGGGUCUGUGGGUACCCAGGUGAGCACGCCGCCGCUGUUGUCUACUUUCGCGACCAGAUCUGCAAGUCGGUUGAGUACAAUGCUCGAGGCCUGUUGGGGCCAUACCGCAUGGGAUUUCCCUUGAGGGUCGCCUACGAAGUUGCGGAUCCUUCUACGAAGGCUUGGAUUGAGGGUCGUCUGGAGAUCCUCUCAAAAGUCUAUGCAGCUGUGCGUCCAGAGAACUUCGGAUAA